CUCUGAACUGCUCCAUUUCCUUUUGAGCACCUUUGUCACAGCCGUAUUGUGCCUUGUCCUGUCCAUCUACACGAAAGUCUCUUCAAUCGAACUCGUGGUAUACGACGCCACCCAUACAACGCGUAUCCGCGAAGACCAAUCCAAAUCGCCAACCUGGAUACGAAAGCUGCUCCCAUGAGACGGUCGCAUCGAAAGUCUCGCAACGGCUGUUCCCAGUGCAAGACUCGUCAUAUCAAGUGCAAUGAAGUCCGACCUCAAUGUGGAAACUGCCAACGCUUGGACAUAGCAUGCAGCUUUGCUCCUCAAGCCGCCAGUCCACGCCCAGAUCUUGUCUCGCAUCGGUCGACUCCUCUCGGCACUCCGCCAAUCAUUCAGGCCUCUACUCAGCCGCUAUGUCUUCUAGAUUUGGAGCUGUACCAUCACUUUGUCUACCGUUACAGUGCUUCGCUGGUUCCAGAUGUCGAUCUCCGGGGUGAGGUAUUUGAAGAACUGUUGGAGCAUAGUCUGUCCUACAGUUUCUUGAUGCAUAACUUCAUGGCUCUUUCAGCUCUACAUCUCUACUCAAAAGACCGUUCAAGGCCUGAGCUCUUCGACCGAGCUUGUUACCUGCAGGGUGUUGCCAUUCAGCAAGUACAACCCAUCAUUGCCAAUCUGCGCCAGGAAGACUCUCUAGCUGCCCUUUUAUUCUCCAGUCAUACUUCCUCUUUUGGUCUUGCAGAAUUCAUGCUGAACCCUCAUCACGAUGAUACAGAUCCUAUCGAUAAAAUUGUCGAAUGCUUCCAGCUGAGCAGAGGCAUCAAGGUCGUCGUCUCACCUCACUGGCCAUAUCUAAGUCAAACUUGGCUCAAACGCCUCUUUUCCAGGACCGAGGGAGGUAACGAGGAUCGCGUCCGCGCUAGUCUUGCGUCCGAUUUUCCUACCUACUCUAUGGUGAGGUCUCUAGCCUUUGGUCAGGAAGAUGCCGAACGACGUAAAUGCUGUCUCGAGACGAUCGAAGAUAUCUUUACGUAUAUUGGAGCUGCAUCACAGCAUUCGGAUGAUUAUCCCACUUGCGCACAUCUUAUCGACCAAUUUGCUGUACGACUGCCUGCCGCCUUCAAAGACAUGUUGGUCGAGCGAAGGCCUGUCGCCCUGAUCAUCCUGGCAUACUGGGCCGUAUUGACGAGCAUCAACCCACGAGCAUGGCAUCUCAAAGGCCUUGCCGAAGUUCUCGUUACUCGGAUCGGAAACAUCCUCGGAGACGACUGGGCAGAAUUCCUCAGCUGGCCUAGAGAAAAGAUCAUGGAGAAUGCCAGAGCAGCGCAAGAUACACCGGCUCAGACGCCCCGUUUCGACAAUCGGAAUGUUGAUAACCAACUAAAUGGUAUGCAUCUCUCACACGAGUCAUCUUUCAGCAACACCGGCGCCUCAGAAACACAGUUUGCACAACCAUCACCAUACACCAUCGCAAGCAAUCACAUCAGCCCAUACAGCAACAGCGCUAGUAAUCGUCCCAGUCCGUAUCCUCCGGCAAGCAACCAACCUAGCCCUUACGAUGUGACGAGCAAUCACGCUAGUCCGUACAGUCAAGGACCUCCGACAGGUUAAUUCGAGAACUGCGCUUCAAAACGACAUCCCACAAGCAUGAGAAGACAUGGCUUAGCCACAUAGACGGCCUCAAGACAAUACUUGCUUCCUCACGAAUAUACAGAUAAACAGUAUUAAGAAAUUAUAUGACACAUGAGCAGUGUUUAUGGUCUCGAUUACUUAUUGAUCAUCUUUGUUCUGAACCAUGUGACUCGAGAUCAAGCUUGAGUAUCAAGAACAAAUCAGGGCGAUGUAAGGCGUGCCAAUGUUGGGCUCGUCAAGAGUCACCACACACUUUCCUGCCGAC